AUGCGAGUCCAUCUCGCACUGUCCAUCCUCGCCGCAGUCGCCGCUGCCGUGACCAUGCCGCCACCGGAGAAGAAGCAGCGCACGCACACGCACCAACAGCCGAACCCGCCGGUCUUUCCGGCGAGCGUCGUCGUCUUUGCGCCUGAUGAUGCGAAUAUCACGGAGCGCAUGGCCGCGCGGUCAGAGGUGCUCAACGACCGGGCCCGGGGGCACUUCAGCUCGGAGCGGCUGGCCUUCCUCUUCAAGCCGGGCCGCUACGACGUGGAGGCGAAGAUUGGGUAUUACACGAGCGUGACGGGACUCGGCGCCAGCCCGUACGACGUCGUCUUCGCGGGCGAACGUGGCGUUUAUGUGGAUGCGAUGGACCCGCAGCAAGCGGGCUCCCUCGACACGUUCUGGCGGAGCGGCGACAACUUCCGGCACGAGGCCUCGACGGGCUUCCGCUGGGCCGUGAGCCAGGCCGCUCCUCUGCGACGCAUCGUCGCCGCGGGCGACCUUGAGCUCUUCGAUCCGACGGCCCAGGUCAACUACGCGUCCGGGGGCUAUUUAGGCAAUUCCAUCGUCGAGGGUUCGCUCAUUCUUGGAUCUCAGCAGCAGUGGAUAAAUCGCAACGUGCAGAUGAACGGCGCGACCGGCGGCGCCUGGUCCAACGUCUACGUGGGCUGCGCCGGGGCCGUGGCGGCGCCGUCGGCGGCCGGCGCCGAGCCGCGCGUGAGCGUCGUCGAUCAGGCGCCGGUGGUCGCCGCGAAGCCUUACAUCGUGAUCGACGAGGCCACGGGCCGCUACGAUUUGCGCGUGCCGCUCGUGGCCAAGGACGUCGUCGGCGCGGCGCUCGACGCGCCGUACCGCGACGUGCCUUUCGAAAGCGUUUUCGUAGCCGACGCCUCACGUCACGGCGCGCGGCAUAUAAACGAAGCGCUGGCGCGUGGCUUAGACGUCGUUCUCGCGCCCGGCAUCUUCGAGCUCGAAUCGUCGAUCAGAAUGGCGCGGCCGGGCGCCGUCGUGAUGGGCCUAGGGUAUGCCACGUUGGUCGCGCCGGCGUCGGGCGCGCCCUGUGUCAUCGCGAACGACGCCGGAGGCAUGCGUUUAGCGUCGGUCGUCCUCCAGGCGAGCGAGGUGCCGGCGGGCGACUCGUCGCUGCUGCGCUGGGGCGGAGACGGUUCGGAAACGGACCCGUCGGUCCUGAGCGACGUCUUCGCGCGCGUGGGUGGGCCGGGCUCGCUGAAGGUCCGCGCCUCGGUGAUGGUCCACGUGGCGGCGAGCCACGUCAUCCUGGACAAUUUGUGGCUCUGGCGCGCGGACCACGCGGAGCUGGCGCCCGGCGAGCAGCCGCGUUCGAGGCCAGUGCAUGAAUCGAAUUGUGGCGUCUCGUCUCCGCCAUUGCUGAAUCGUGGCCUCCACGCCAUCGACGCGACGUCUCUACUGCUUGAUUUGCGCGCAGGCCCGGGCGAGCAGUACCACCUCGUCGUGCCGGGCGAAUGUGCGGUAAAAAACGGCCUCGUCGUCGACGGCGACGACGUCACGGCCUACGGCCUCGCCGUGGAGCACACGGAUCAGGACCAGGUCAUAUGGCGCGGCGAGCGCGGCCGGACGUACUUCUACCAGUGCGAGUUGCCUUAUGAUGUGAACCAGACCCUGUUUGGCGACAAGGGCUACACCGGCUACCGCGUCGACCUCGCCGUCAAAAAGCAUGAGUGUUGGGCGCCCGGCGUCUACUCCUACUUUAGAGAUUACCCGUGCCUGGUCCAAGCGGCCAUUGUCGCGCCGGACACCGACGAGGUCACGUUCGCCAACGCGUUCAUGAAGAAGUUGCGAGGGCACGACGGGAUCCUCUCCGUCGAACGCUACGACGUAGCGGCCUGGAGGGCGUCGGACGCGCGCUUCCAGAAGUACUACUAAUGAUGUG